AUGGCCAAUAAGGUCACCGAGGCGCAGCUCGAUGAUCGGCCACGCAACGUUCUCAACCUCAUCAACUACUCCAAGGCCUCUGGAGUUCCCGAGAACUCACCUGAGAAGCGGCUGAACUGUCCAGAGGACCAGGCUCUUCUGCGACGCGUAUCAUCGCAAUCCAUCGUCCUUCUCAAGAAUGAGAACAGCAUACUGCCGUUCACCAAGUCAAAGACAACAGCCGUGAUUGGGCCCAACGCUAAGAUGACCCGUUUCUGCGGCGGAGGCAGCGCUUCACUCCUCCCUUACUACAGUGUCUCGCCGGAGCAACGGACCACCCAGAUGCUGCCUCUGAUUGGCAAUUACCUCAAGACGCCCCAGGGCCGGCGGGGCUUCACAUGGAAAGCUUUCAAUGAACCCGCCACAAGUAUAGACAGAAGGCCAAUCGAGGAGCGUGUUCUAACUGACUCCAACUAUUUUCUCAAGGACUAUCACAAUACCGACCUCGCCCCAGUCUGGUACGCUCAAGCAGAAGGCAUCUUCACGCCUGAUGAGAUGGUGGUCCGUACGACUUUGGCCUCGGGGUCGAAGGCACAGACGAGGGGAGAAACCCUCUUCGGCUCAGCAACUAUCGAAGAGAAGGGUGAGAAGGUGCUUACAGCUGGCCAACAGUACCGCAUUAGUCUGGAAUGGGGCUGUGCCAAAACCAGCAAACUACCGCCGUUUGGCCCUGUUGGCGGCAAGCACGGUAAUUGGAGAAUGGGCUGUUUCAAGCGGAUUGAUCCUGUCCAGGCUAGUGAAGAUGCUGUUGCAGUUUCCAAGACAGUCAACUAG